AUGUCGCUACAAAUAUCAGAGAUGUCGAAGACCUACCAAUAUCGCAAAGUUAUGAAGCCCAUGCUGGAGCGCAAGCGGCGCGCUCGCAUCAACAAGUGCCUGGAUGAGCUGAAGGAUCUCAUGGUGGCCACCCUCGAGUCCGAGGGCGAGCACGUCACACGCCUGGAGAAGGCAGACAUACUGGAGCUCACCGUCACCCAUUUGCAAAAGAUGAAGGAGCAGCGUCAACUUAAGCGCGCCAAUGGCGACAAGAGCAUGUCUCCAGCUGAAGGUUUCCGUUCCGGCUACAUACAUGCGGUCAAUGAGGUCUCCCGAUCGCUCUCCCAACUCCCAGGCAUGAAUGUCAGCCUCGGCACUCAACUGAUGACGCACUUGGGACAACGUCUGAAUCAACUGCAGCCGGCGGUAAAGGCAACAGCAAUGCUACCCAUCACAGCUCCUCUCUCCGUGCACAUUGCCAGCCGAGAUCCCUAUUCCGUUCCCAUCUCACCAGUGUCCAGCUAUGCGGGCAGUCCGAACUCCAGUCUGGCCAGCGCUUCACUCUUGACCACAUGUUCCAGUGCCAGCAUCGAUGUUACGAAAAUGGAGGAGGUCGACAGUGAUGAGGAGGAAAAUGUGUGGCGGCCUUGGUAG